AGCGCGGCCAUGGCGGCGGCCCCGGCGGAGGCGGAGACCCGGCAGCGGCUGCUGCGCACCGUCAAGAAGGAGGUGAAGCAGAUCAUGGAGGAGGCUGUGACGAGGAAGUUUGUGCAUGAGGACAGCAGCCACAUCAUCUCCUUUUGUGCCGCCGUGGAAUGCUGUGUGCUGUUCGGGCUGAAGCGGAGGGCGGCCGGGUUCCUGCGCAGCAACAAGAUCGCAGCGCUCUUCAUGAAGGUGGGCAAGAGCUUCCCCCUGGCAGAGGAGCUCUGCAGGAAGGUGCAGGACCUGGAGCAGCUCAUUGAGAACGCGAGAAACCAAGCCCAGGGGGUCCCAGAGAACGUGCGCAAGGUGCCGAAGCUGCCCAACCUGUCUCCUCAGGCCAUCAAGCACCUCUGGAUCCGCACGGCCCUCUUCGAAAAGGUCCUGGAUAAAAUCGUGCACUACCUGGUGGAGAACAGCAGCAAGUACUAUGAGAAGGAGGCUCUCCUGAUGGAUCCAGUGGAUGGGCCAAUUCUAGCAUCUCUAUUGGUGGGGCCCUGUGCGCUGGAAUACACCAAGAUGAAGACUGCUGACCACUUCUGGACAGACCCCUCAGCAGAUGAGCUGGUCCAGAGGCACCGGAUCCACAGCUCCCACUGCCGCCAGGACUCGCCCACCAAGCGCCCGGCGCUCUGCAUUCAGAAAAGACAUUCCAGUGGCAGCAUGGAUGACAGGCCAUCCCUGUCUGCCAGGGACUACGUGGAGUCCCUGCACCAGAAUUCCCGAGCCACGCUCCUGUACGGCAAGAACAACGUCCUGGUGCAGCCGCGAGAUGACAUGGAGGCAAUCCCGGGAUAUCUGUCCCUUCACCAGACUGCUGACAUCAUGGCACUGAAGUGGACCCCCAACCAGCUGAUGAACGGCUCCGUGGGCGACCUGGACUACGAGAAGAGCGUGUACUGGGACUAUGCCAUGACCAUUCGCCUGGAGGAGAUCGUGUACCUGCACUGUCACCAGCAGGUAGACAGUGGUGGCACGGUUGUCCUGGUGAGCCAGGAUGGCAUCCAGAGGCCACCUCUGCGCUUCCCCCGUGGAGGGCACUUGCUGCAGUUCCUGUCCUGCCUGGAGAACGGCCUCCUGCCCCACGGGCAGCUGGAUCCACCCCUCUGGUCACAGCGGGGAAAGGGAAAGGUGUUCCCCAAACUGAAGAAGCGAAGCCCCCAGGGCUCCUCCGAGUCCGCGUCUGACAAGGAAGAUGAUGAAGCCACAGAUUAUGUCUUCAGGAUCAUCUACCCCGGGACACAGACCGAGUUUGUUGCCAUUAAUGGUGCUUUUCACCCAUUCCUUGCACCUGUGACUGCUGGGAGAGGGAAGAUCCUGAAGAUUCCAGCUGGAAGCAAGAUGGUGGUGAUCCCUAAAUGGUGUCUGAGUCUCCCUGGCAGAUCCCGAGCUCUCCGUGCUGCUCUGGGCACCUCCUGGCAUCAGUUGCCCCAGGACCUGAUGGACGCUCCGGGGGCUGUCCUGCCCCCCAUGUGGCAGCCCAGCACCCGCAAAUCCUCCUGCUCCUCCUGCUCCCAGAGUGGCUCCUCCGACGGGGGCCCGGCCAAUGGCUGCAGCCACGAGAGAGCCCCGCUGAAGCUGUUAUGUGACAACAUGAAGUACCAGAUCCUGUCCCGGGCCUUCUAUGGAUGGUUGGCCUACUGCAGACACCUGUCCACGGUGAGGACCCACCUGUCGGCGCUGGUGAACCACAACAUCGUGUCCCCCGACGUCCCCUGCAGCGCCAGCGCGGGGCUCACCGUGGACAUCUGGCACAGAUACCUGCAGGACAGCUCGAGUUACGAGGACCAGGAGCUGCUGCGGCUGAUCUACUACGGCGGGAUCCAGCACGAGAUCAGGAAGGCUGUGUGGCCCUUCCUGCUGGGCCAUUACCAGUUUGGGAUGACAGAGGCGGAGAGGAAGGAGGCUGACGAGCAGACCCGGGCGUGCUACGAGCACACCAUGGCAGAGUGGCUGGGCUGCGAGGCCAUCGUCCGGCAGCGUGAGAAGGAGUCGCACGCCGCAGCCCUGGCCAAGUGCUCCUCGGGGGCCAGUCUGGACUCCCACAUCCAGAGGAUGAUGCACAGGGACUCGACCAUCAGCAACGAGUCCUCGCAGAGCUGCAGCUCCGGCCGGCAGAACCACGCCCGGCUGCAGAGCGACUCCAGCUCCAGCACCCAGGUGUUUGAAUCUGUGGAUGAGGUGGAACAGACUGAAGUAGAUUCUCAGCUGGAAGAUGGCAAACAGAGCAAGAUCCCCAAUGGCACAGUCCCCAACGGCACGUGUUCCCCUGAUUCUGGGCACCCCUCUUCCCAAAACUUCUCCAUCACAUCGGGGUUCUCGGAGCGCAGCUUCAGCAACGAGGACAGUGCCCUGGAAACCACCAAGUCCUCAUCCAGCUCCCAGGGAAAGGCUGCUGGGUCCGAUGUGCCAGCCCCGCCGGACAUGGACGGUGUCCAGCAGGAGAAGCUGCAGGGCCAAGACAGCCUGGAAGGGGAAUUUCCCACUGGUGGAAGCGUGGAUUUUGUCCCCAUGGGUGAGGGCUCGGCGGUGCUCCUGCGUGACAGUGACACUGUGGCCCUGACUGUGGUGGAGAGCUGGGCAGACAGCGAGGCUGAGAAGCAGAGCCUGGUGGAGAGUGAGGACAACCUCUCUGAGGAGCCAGAGAUGGAGAGUCUGUACCCACAGCUGGACUCUCUGACUGUGACUGAUCUGACCAGCAGUGAGCCAGCUGCACUCUCCUCCACGGGUGUCACCUACUCUCCAGAGCUGCUGGACAUGUACACGGUGAACCUGCACCGCAUCGAGAAGGACGUGCAGCGCUGUGACCGCAACUACUGGUACUUCACCCCCGCCAACCUGGAGAAGCUCCGCAACGUCAUGUGCAGCUACAUCUGGCAGCACAUUGAGAUUGGCUACGUGCAGGGCAUGUGUGACCUGCUGGCCCCUCUCCUGGUCAUCCUGGAUGAUGAGGCUCUGGCUUUCAGCUGCUUCACCGAGCUGAUGAAGAGGAUGAACCAGAACUUCCCCCACGGAGGAGCCAUGGACACCCACUUUGCCAACAUGAGGUCGCUGAUCCAGAUUCUGGACUCUGAGCUCUUUGAGCUGAUGCACCAGAAUGGGGAUUACACUCAUUUCUACUUCUGCUACCGAUGGUUUCUCCUGGACUUCAAGAGAGAGCUGGUGUAUGACGACGUCUUUGCUGUCUGGGAGACCAUCUGGGCUGCUGCUCACGUCUCCUCUGCUCACUACGUGCUCUUCAUUGCCCUGGCCCUGGUGGAGAUGUACAGGGACAUCAUUCUGGAGAACAACAUGGAUUUUACAGACAUCAUCAAGUUUUUCAAUGAAAUGGCCGAGCGCCACAACACCAAGCAGAUCCUGAAGCUGGCUCGGGACCUGGUCUAUAAAGUGCAGACUCUGAUCGAGAACAAAUGAAGGACCCGGGGCAGACGAGGCACCCAAAGAGCCGGGACUCCCCUCCCUUCCCCUGUUUCUCCAAGUGCCACACCUGUGGGACUCAGGUGGUGGGACACGUGCUGCUAUGUGAGCUGGGAGUCCCCUGGGCUCAGCACAGGCCCUGGCUCAGACCUUCUGCAGUGACUGAACCAAAGAUCCCUCCAGGUGUGUUCCUGUGCUGGGAGCAGGACCAGGCAGUGGCUUCCUGGCCUCGGAGCAGCUGCCGUGGCCACC